AUGGAUAACACUGACAAACCGUCUACUGGACUCGUGCUGCACCACUUGGAGAAUUCGCGGUCGCAGCGUGUCUUGUGGCUACUUGAGGAGCUCGAGAUUCCGUAUACGAUCAAACACUAUAAACGUACAAAGGAGCAACUUGCACCGCGAGAGCUGCGCGACAUUCAUCCACUCGGAAAGUCGCCCGUCAUCACAGAUGGAGACGUGACGGUUGCAGAAAGUGGUGCCAUCAUCGAAUAUUUGAUCGAGAAAUACGGCAAUGGACGUUUCGAGCCACCCCCAACGCAGGAAGCAAAGUUGCAGAAUCGAUAUUAUACACACUUUGGUGAAGGCACGCUGAUGCCGUACCUUGUCAACCUGCACAUCUUCAACAUUGUACCUAACCGCAUGCCUUGGUUUAUGCGAUGGUUUACGCGCCUCAUCUUUGGUGCGCUCCAGAAACGCCUCAUCGUGCCAAACCUUGGUGCGGCCUCUAAGCUAAAGAAUCUUAACAAAUUCUCUGCAGACUUUGUGAUGCUUUUCCCACUCGAAGCCUUUCCAUUAGCCCUGGGAGAGAAGAAUGUCGGUCCAAAGACCAAAGCUUGGGUUGAAAUGGCGCACAAAAGGCCUGCAUACAUCCGAGCCUUGGAGAAAGGUGGCAACUAUGUGUACGCCAAACUCUAG